AUGUCAACCGAGACGAGAUUAAGUUCAAUGGAAGAGUUUAUUAGAGCAUUUUUAGAAAUGGAUGCAGAUAACAAUGAAAUGAUUGAUAAACAAGAAUUAAUUAAAUACUGUCAAAAACAUCGUUUGGAUAUGAAAUUGAUCGAUCCAUGGAUAGCAAGGUUUGAUACUGAUAAAGAUAAUAAAAUCAGUAUAGAAGAGUUCUGCCGUGGAUUCGGUUUAAAAGUAUCAGAAAUUCGGCGUGAAAAAGAAGAAUUAAAAAGGGAAAGAGAAGGCAAGAUUUCUAAACUUCCACCGAAUGUUGAAAUUAUUGCAGCAACCAUGUCAAAAACAAAACAAUAUGAUAUAUGUUAUCAAUUUAAAGAAUUUAUUGAUAGUACUAGUCGAACAAAUAAUGAUGUAAAAGAAGUGGCAAAUAAAAUGAAAACAUUAUUGGAUAAUAAUUAUGGUCGUGUAUGGCAAGUGGUUAUAUUAACUGGUUCAUAUUGGAUGAAUUUUUCUCAUGAACCAUUUUUAUCAAUACAAUUCAAGUAUAAUAAUUAUGUUUGUUUAGCAUGGAGAACACCAUCUCAAUAA